GUUUUUGUAAUUUCCGUUACUAACACGUGUUCCGGUCUGCGAGUGGCAUGGAAUAUCUCCUCGGUCACGCCUUUUGUUUGAAGAUGUAGCAAUUGAGUUAGGGCUUGGGGCCUUGGUUCCAACAGCUCUGGAGUCUGGUCUGGUGUCUUACCUUCUUUUUGAAUUUAUUCCACCCUCUACCUCCAGACUAGUGAUAAAUAUCCAAAACUCAAGUUGCUCCUAUGAUCCUAUUCUGUCAUUCUAUACUGUGUUAUGACUAGGUAAUGAAAGGUUUCUAUGAGAGGACUUUUAGUGCAAAACAUUCUUCUAAGAGUUCUACUGAUUGCCCAAAUAGAAAUACGCAAUCCACUUGUUCAGAGCCGGGAUCUAGUAACAGUAAGCCCUCCAAGACUUCCUUAUGGUCAGGGCUUUUUGCUUCUCCAUUCUCAAUCUUUGAAACGUACAGCGAGUCAAAAAGUUGUGGAAAGAAGGCAUCCAGUUCUAGAAGCAACGGGUGGACAUCAGCUGUGAAGAGAGUUUGGCAUGGUGGCUCAAUGAGGAAAUUUCAUGAGCGUGUACUAGGGAUGAACAGGACUGGCAUUUCUAGUUCGACCAGUGACAUAUGGCUUUUAGGUGUGUGCUAUAAAAUAUCUCAGGAAGAGUCAACUGGAGAUUCAGAAUAUACUGAUGGCUUAGCUGCUUUUGUUGAAGAUUUCUCAUCAAGAAUUUUGAUGACAUAUCGGAAAGGUUUUGAUGCUAUUGGAGAUUCAAAGUAUACCAGUGAUGUGGGUUGGGGUUGUAUGCUUCGAAGCAGUCAGAUGCUUAUUGCUCAGGCAUUACUUUUUCACCGAUUAGGGAGAUCAUGGAGAGAAUCAUUGCAUAAGCCACUGGAUCGUGGUUAUUUUGAGAUACUGCACCUUUUUGGUGAUUCUGAGGCAUCAGCUUUCUCUAUCCAUAAUCUUCUUCAAGCUGGAAAGGCUUAUGACCUCGCUGCUGGAUCAUGGGUGGGACCAUAUGCCAUGUGUCGCACGUGGGAAACUCUAGUACGCUGUAAGAGAGAGGAAACUGAGCUUGACCAGUCAUUGCCGAUGGCUGUUUAUGUUGUUUCUGGUCAUGAAGAUGGGGAGAGGGGUGGAGCUCCGGUUGUUUACAUUGAUGAUGCCUCUAGACACUGUUUUGAGUUUUCUAGAGGCCAAGUUGAUUGGACGCCUAUUCUUUUGUUGGUUCCUUUGGUUCUAGGACUUAACAAAAUUAAUCCCAGGUAUGUUUCAUUGUUACAGGCAACAUUCACCUUUCCCCAGAGCCUUGGCAUCUUGGGUGGUAGACCUGGUGCUUCGACGUACAUUGUUGGCGUGCAAGAUGAAGAAGCAUUUUACCUUGAUCCACAUGAAGCUCAGCCGGUAGUUGAUGUUAGGAGGGAUAAUCUUGAGGCUGAUACUUCCUCUUACCACUGCAAUGUCGCACGUCAUGUUUCCCUUGACUCACUUGAUCCAUCCUUGGCAAUUGGAUUUUAUUGCCGAGACAAAGAUGAUUUUAGUGAUUUUUGUAGCCGGGCUUCCAAGCUAGCGGAUCAAUCAAAUGACGCACCAUUAUUUACCGUUACCCACACCCGGAAUACGUCAAAUCCCACCAGUCACCAUGGCACUUUGAGUGAUGGCGGUGGGGUACAUGACACCGAAGGCUGUUCACAAGAGGAUGAUUGGCAACUUCUUUGACUUAUUCUUUUGGUUUGAAGGCACGACAUUAAGCUUGUAUAUAAUUCGCUCAGCCGUUAAUUUAUUUGUAUACCCAACUCCACAGUGCCUCUGAUAGCCACAAUUUCAAUGAUCUCCUUUGUGUCUGUUAAUUAUUGUUAGUUAGAAUCAGUGUACGAUUUUCUUUUCUUUUCUUUCCUGUGUCUUUCCAUUCUUCUUGUUCAUAUAAUGGACAAAGUCAAUGUAAUGCCAUCCAUUCAUUAUCUAUUUCAUUGUUCCUAUACCAUUUCUUA